AUAAUCAGCACUAGGGCAUGACCUACCAGAAAAAAGAUGGACUCUCCUAAAGUCUCCUCUUUGAAUCACGUUUGUCUGUUUCUACUAGGGGUAUCUGUGUGUUGCCCGAUCUUCUUAUACAUAAUAGCAAGCCCUGAUAUCCUAGCAGGCACUACCAUCCGAACUUCUGCUGUCUUACUUGCCGAGGGAAUUUCUGGAAUUCUAACAAACAUCUUUGGGAACUGGUUCAUUAGCCGGCUAUCCUUACUGACGUCCCUGGUUAUCGGGACGGUGAGUUGCGUGGCGUCUCUUCUCCUACUAAUACUCGGGGGGAAUGCAUACGUCAGACUUCUGGCUGUGGCUGGAGUUAACUUUGCUGCGCAGUGGAUGGCUGUGUGGUGUAUGGGGCUCACUGCACAUCUCCGAGAUGACGGGAGACUUAUUAGCGGCUUCGAAACAGGGAGGAAUUUAUCGGCAAUCGUCGGUGCCUUUUCAUACACAGCGUUAACAACCUGGCUGUGCGUGUCCCCUCAGGUUGCCAUGACGACAAGCCUUGUCUUUCCGAUCCUCAGUGCUAUAAUAUAUGCUGUCCUGGACAAGACAGCAAUUAACGAAAACGUGAAACACAGUGAUGAGUACACCGAGCUAGCGACAUGCGAACAACACGAGGACGCUCCGAUGAGUAAGUCUCUAGACUCUGAUCAAAGCACCGGGCAAGACAAAACUCCUGGCUUCUCUGACUGCAGGAAAGACGCCAAGUUAGAGAAAGACCCCGAAGAGUCAUUGCUCUUGAUUUGCUGGAAAGUGUUCCCUCGCUUUACUUAUUGCUACAUAGCAGCCACUAGUCUGUGGCUAUCGAAAUUCGCCAUACUGACUACAAUAGUGAGCCCUAGCUCUUCCAUCGCCCCUCGAGACCAUUAUCAGUACUACUCCCUGGCAAUUAACAUUCCUCGAUGCGUAGUGGGACUAAUAUACUCCGCAUACUCCCACUUCUUCCCUACCAAUAGGGUAUUAGGGUUUUGCCAUAUCUGGCUCAUCUCUACCGUCUGCCUUGCCCAUAUGAUGUUCUUUGUGUUCGUCUCAUGGUACCGCUUCUUACCGGGUCUCGCGGUGACUCUCUUGUUCUGCGCUUCGUUCGGGUCUGCUGAGGGUUGUAUGUGGGUGUUCGGGUUUAUUGGGAUAAAGGAUAUGUUCUCCAAUGUUCGGGACGCUGGAUAUGGUCUAGGUAUUGUACAAUCUGCGAGGCAGUUCGCGAAUUUGGUGGCGGGUCUGCAGGGGGUGAACCUAGAGGGAAUGCUGCUCAAUCACUGUAAGGAGGAACUACUCCUAGGUGAUAACUGCUUAGCCCGGUCGAUUUUUGUAAAAGGUUGGGAGCAACUUCAUUGUUCUAAGCACUAGAUGAGAUUAAUCUUCGGGCCUGUAGCCAGAAUCAAAAUUUUACACCGGAUGAUAAAUCCAACAAUAGAAGGUGUUUUAUCUCUUACUUUUCAAUUGUAAAACACUAAACUUCAAAAUUUUACCGACUGGCGAGUGUCUCACUUGCAUAAUGCUGGCUACUGCCCUUAUCUUUCAAUGCGAUGAAUACUACAUCAGGCCACAGUGGUCAUGAUUGGUCGAAACCCAUUUCAACUUUGUAUUAUUCUUUUAUAAUUUCAUGGCCUUAUAUUCGUACUCAUGGCGGCUAGUUAACGGCAACAAACCAUCUAUAUUAAACAUAUAGUGGGAGAAAAAUUAAAAGAUAAUAACCUGCGUAGAUACCUUCUAAAUUCACUAAAUUGUGCUGUCUCGAUCAUCCUUUGAGAUAAUUUCGUUUCGUUUUAUUCUUUUUUGUUUUCUGUUUCGCUUUCCUUUGGUUUAUUCGCUCUUUUCUUGAUGUUUGUAUUUUUUUUGUAUUAUGCGAUGCAUUAUGUAAUGUUUGUAUUAUGCUCUGGUAAUGUUAUCAAUAUUAAAAACAAAGUUCCAGAGGUA